CAAUCAAUCGUUUAGACUAAAAAUGGGAGCCUACAAGUAUCUCGAGGAGUUGGCCAAGAAGAAGCAGUCUGAUGUUAUGCGCUUCUUGCUCCGCGUUCGCUGCUGGGAGUACCGUCAGUUGAAUGUCAUCCACCGCGCCUCGCGCCCCUCGCGCCCUGACAAGGCUCGUCGCUUGGGAUACAAGGCCAAGCAGGGAUAUGUCAUCUACCGUAUCCGUGUCCGCCGUGGUGGUCGCAAAAAGCCUGUUCCCAAGGGUGCUACCUAUGGCAAGCCUGGUGGACAUGGUGUGAAUCAGCUCAAGUACCAGCGUUCGCUCCAGGCCACUGCUGAGGAGCGUGUUGGCCGCAAGUGCGGUAACUUGCGUGUCCUCAACUCGUACUGGGUCAACCAGGAUUCGACCUACAAGUACUUCGAAGUCAUCUUGGUCGAUCCCUCCCACAAGGCCAUCCGUCGCGAUCCCCGUAUCAACUGGAUUGUCAACCCUGUCCACAAGCGCCGUGAGGCUCGUGGUCUUACCUCAGCCACCAAGAAGAACCGUGGUCACGGCAAGGGCCAUGGCUUCAACAAGACCAUUGGCUCUGGUCGCCGCGCCAACUGGAAGAGACGCAACACCCUCUCUCUCCGUCGCUACCGUUAAAG